AUGCCCACGAUCCUCACGCCCCAAGGCUGGGUUAAAGUCGCUGAAUCGCCCACCAAACGACGCACCAUUGCCGCCGACCCGUCCGACGCACUCAAAGGCCCUCUCGCAUACUUCAGCUGCAAACGCUCACCACCAAAAGUGUACCCGGGUGUGCUCCACCUCCCGACAGGCGCCACCGGAGGCAAGCACUCAGGCCCCAAAGAAGCAUUCCCGUAUGACUUGAACGCGAGCCCAGAGAAACUGCGUGCUCAAGGACGGAUAAACCACAGCAGCCAGGUCGAGAAAGUCAAGAUCGGAGGCAAGAACAGAACGGUCUCGGCUCCCGUUCAUCAUGACCCAUACUACAGCGAAGAGGAAGGAGAAGAAGAAGAAGUGAUGGAGCAUCGCUCCUCGAGACACAAACACUCCUCUCCUCCUGCUUCACCCACACGCUCGAGCCGCCAUCACGAAUCAAGGCCCGGCAAGCACCAUAAACACCGCAGUCACAACUACCAUGACGACAUGUCCAGCGUAUCCUCGGGCUCAACAACAUCCUCGUCGUCCUACUCUUCCUCAUCCCGCUCCCAUCGCUCUCACGAACGCGCCCGCCCCGUCCAAGCCGCUCCCCAGACCCCCAUAAUCAUGUACGCAGCCGGCCCACCACCGCCGCCCGCUGAUCCUCGCUAUUAUGAUAACUACGAUAUUCCCUCGCACGCGCACCGCCCGCCCCCGCCCAGUACUGGGAGCGCUAGGAGUAUGAGCUACAGCUGGUAUAAUGCUACGACGCCUUUGAAUCUUUGA